AUGUCCGAGUCGGGCGACGCGGCAACCGGUUUCACAUUACCUGGCUAUAAAUACUUAGGACCAGGCAACGACUUGGAGUUAGGAGAACCUACAAACGAAUUGGAUCAAAUAGCAAAAACACACGACGAAGCAUAUAAUAGAAUAGAACAAGAAUACGAGUAUAAAAUAUCUACAAGAAACAGAACACCGUUCGUGGCAUCAUCUGGAAACGUUCAAUAUGCAAACGCAAACUCGCAAACAACUAUAGGGAUUUGGGAAAAUAUGGAUGCACACGGAAUGAUAAAAUUAGGGGAAGGAAUAAUACCAAAAACAUUAUACGGUUCAAGAUUAGGAGAAUUAAAUGUACAAAACCAACAUAGACAAAUACCGGGAGAAAACCAAAGCGCAGCAUGCCAAGGCAAAUUCAUUGACAAUCGCUUAGAAUAUUGGUAUCACAACGGAAUAAACGACGGAACAUCAACAUUCCCAAACAGUGUAGAACAGUACUCUUAUUUACCAGCAAUUAUUGCAAGUGCAAAAAUAUUUUAUAACGCUACAAACUCAAUAGGAUUAAUAUAUGAAAAAAGUUAUACCCCAAAAGACGGAACAUUUCAUUUAAAAAAUGACGCAUGGCGAUUUAUGAACUACGAUUAUUUAAAAAACCGAAACCCAGUACACAAUAUAGUAUUGAGAACGGGCGAACAAGUAGCGGUGCAACACACAGCAGCAGAUCCCAUAAAAUAUGAACUCGCAACAGUCGAUAAUUACUUAUACAAUAAUUACAGAGACACGCCAGAAUUGCACUUUAUACCACCGGUAGGCAUUGGAAUAUUACCACUGCUAAGCAACGACGGUAAUCACGAAAACAGCAUAUUAAAUAUAAUGGUAGAGAUGGGAAUUGAAGUCGAAACACAAUCCCACGGGGGCAACGUACUCUUUACGGCAAUGAGAAAUGCACAACCGAACCCAACCGUUAUGGGCUACAUGACGAUGAAUCAUCAGUUUGCGGAACUGAUUGUAGGACAUCAACCCAUAACAUCGAGCACAACGCAAACACUGGAAAGGCAACCCGAACCAACAAGCGUUGACGUGGAAAUAGCAAGUAGAGUUAGAGCAAGAAGAGAUGACGGAGGAUACGAUGACACUAUUAUAAGACAGGAACAGAGAUUAUUGCAGCAGGAAACACAAAGAUUAGAAAGACAAUUACAAUACGACGAACGCAUGCACAAUGAUGAAAUAAAAGCCAUAAAAGAAACAACAGAAAAAGCAUUACAAGAAAUUAAAAAAUUAGAAAAACAAUAUAAAGACAUGAUAAGUCACAAACCACCACCACCGAAAAGACAACGCGAAACACCUCAACCACCACCACCACCACCAGCAGCACAACCACCGAGACCACCACCACCAAAAUCACCAGAACCAGAACGAGCGUUUAAUUAA